UGAUGUCUUUGUAUUUCGCAGAUUUAACGUAUCCACUGCAUGGAGUAUCACUGAGAUUUCCUCCUUGCUAUCGCAUAAUCCCUGUUAUUUUCAAGAGCAAUAUAGAGCGAGUUCUGACAUGUCAUCAACCGACAAAGUUUUUCUCCAGCAAACAGAGUAAAAUCACUAGGGAAAAAUGUAUGGGUGGAAUUUGGAAAACUCAAUGCACAGUAUAAGACUGUGAAUGUUGGUCAGGGCUUUCCAGAUUAUGGUCCUCCAGAUUAUUUACCAAAGAUACUAGCUGAAACAGCAACCUCACAUGAUAUGUUACAUCAAUAUACAAGGAGUCAGGGUCAUCCAAGGUUGGUGAACAGUAUCGCAUCUUUGUUCUCCAAGCUACAUGGUCAUAUAAAUGCUAUGACAGAUGUUCUCAUAACGAAUGGUGCUUAUGGAUCUCUGUUAUCUGCCAUUUCAUCUUUUGUUAACGAAGGUGACGAGGUGAUAAUCAUUGAACCUUUCUUUGAUUGCUAUGAAAAAAUGGUCAAUUAUGUUGGUGGAACUUGUGUUUUUGUACCAUCAAGACCAUCAAAAGAGAAUUGGUCUUCAGCAAAAGGAUGGAAGAUUGAUCCAGCUGAACUGGAGGCUGCAUUUAGUGAAAAAACAAAAGCAAUAAUAUUAAAUACACCAAAUAAUCCUCUGGGAAAGGUUUAUAAAAAAGAUGAGAUAGAAAUGCUUGCCAACAUUAUCAAGAAAUACAACGUAAUUUGCAUAAGUGAUGAAGUUUAUGAAUGGCUGGUCUAUCCUGGGAAUGAACACAUCAGGAUAGCUACCUUGCCUGGAAUGUGGGAUCGCACAAUUACCAUAAGUAGUGCUGGAAAGACUUCUGCCACAGGAUGGAAGUUAGGUUGGAGUGUUGGACCUGAGGCAUUAAUCAGUUGUAUGGCGACUGUUCACACAAAUUCUUUGUCUGCGUUGCCAACAUUUUCACAGGAAGUGGUUGCAAUUGGAUUGGAAAGGGAAGAGAAAUUACUAAACACGAAGGAAUCAUAUUUUCACGAGAUGACAACCUCUCUGUUAGAGAAACGUGAUUUUCAAGUGAAGAUACUUCGCGAGGCUGGAUUUGAUCCAGUAGUACCGGACGGUGGCUACUUCAUAAUGGCAGAUUCUACAAAGUUAGGAAUAACUUUUUCCGAAAAGAGCGAUGAAACUUACGAUAUGCAACUGUGUAAAUGGAUGAUCAAGGAAAAGGGCAUCGCCGCAAUUCCUCCAAGUGCGUUCUAUUCCAAGAAUAGGAAGAUAGCAGAGAAAUUUGUACGAUUUUGUUUCAUCAAAAAAGACAGCACGUUGAGAGAACUGGAAGAUGCUUUGAAAAAGUGGUAGAGACAUAUACAAAGAAUUAAAUAUGAGAGAAUUAGAUGGCAUUUAUUUGUAUACUGAAUUUCAUUGAUUUCAAAAAUAAAUUAAAUCUUAAUUAA